UUUGUCAAAAGAGUAAAAAGCUUAACUGUUGAAAGUUUAAUAAGAGAAAUUGAAAACAGAUUCAACGGCAAAUCUGUUGAUAUAAUGACAUUCGCUAGUCACAUUGAUAGCUUCCAAUCUUCCAUUGAUAUACAAACUAUACAAGACACCGAAUUGAAAAAAUGUGUGAUUAUUUUCCAAUGCCUAAUGCAGAAAUUAUACUGGCAGGCAUGA